CUUCGCUUCGUCACCUUCGUCCAGGAGCAGCACUGUGUACGGAUUCGCUCUACACAAAUUGCUCAGUGAUUUUUCUGCUCUGUAUUCUACUCCGCGACUGCUCGACGUUGGAGACUCCAACCCAGUGGCUACAACGCAAUGGUCCAGGUAUGGAUCCUAUGGAGGUGAUAUAUAAGGUCUCUGAUUCUCGUUCUCGUGUGCUCGGGGACGGUUCCUGGUCAGUGAAGGAAGUGCUCGAACGACUUAGCACGACUUGACAUGGCUUCUGUCGGCAACACUGCCUUUCCACAGUCGAAGCGGAACAUUUCGAUUGAUCCACGCUCUCGGGAGGGGAAUGCGGACAGUGAUAACAUUGACUCAAACACGGCUGACCCCGAACCACUGUCCGGUCAAGCGCCCCAAGACGAUGCGCCAGAUACCAGCCUUUUCGAGGAGAGUGAGGUGCCAACAUCGACGAAUUCACCGGCAAGCACACCACGUGUAUUGAGCAAAAGACGGAAAAGGAUUGUCAGCGGCAAACCAAAGCGUGUCCGUACGGGCUGUCUGACCUGUCGCGAACGCCAUCUGAAAUGCGACGAGACUUCGCACCGGUGUCAAAAUUGUCGCAAAUCUGGGAGGAUAUGCAGACGUGGCGUUCGCUUAAAUUUUAUCGAUACACAGACCGUGGCGCCUCCACACUGUAUCCCGCAUCCUCCUGGUGCAUCUGUCACUUUCCGGGAUGAAUCCAGAGUUAUCGCGUCGGAGUAUGUGGGUGGAGCCGAGAGAUAUCCCCCUCCGGGAAUGGAGCCUCCUUUAGAAUUGGCUUUGCCGUCAGAGUAUCCCUCUCUGAUAAGCCCUCCAAUACCUCUGUCUUCUAUGGACAGCAUGUCUUCGCUUUUUGGAAUCACUCAGGUUUCAUUGCCUGACCAAAGCGGUAACUUCAACGGUCAUGCGCUCUCGGCGGAUUAUUCAGUCUUUCCUGAUCAGAGUGCUUCAUACGCCCCAUUCAAGUCAGCGAAGGUUGGAGCAAAGGACUCGAAUGGCCGUGUAUAUCUCAACGACCCCGAAGACAUCUUGUUGUUGCGGGUCUUCGUCGAGGAGGUGGGGCUAUGGAUGGAUUCUAUGGAUGCAGUCAAGCAUUUCACCGAAAUACUGCCAUUUCACGCAUUGGAGGAGCCGAUGCUUCUGAAAGCGUUUAUGGCAUGCGGCGCUCGACAUCUGUACCUGGUCAAUCCUGCGUACGGCGAAGAGAAGGCGACGUACUUUCAUGACAUAGCUUCCCGGGACCUACUCCACUCCUUGCAAGAUCCGGAUCGGGACUCUGCAUUGUGUGCUACAACCGCUGUCGUUCUCAAUGUGUUCGAAUUAAUGAGCUCGCGCUCGAUUCAAGACAUGAACCAUAUUGCAGGGGCAAGAGCACUCAUUAAGGAAUGUCACUGGGAUGCAAGAUCCCCAGGCUUGGGCGGCGCCUGCUUCUGGCUCAAUGUUGGCAUGGAGCUGCUCAUUUGUAUGCGCUACAAUUGGGCCUUGGCCUGGGAUCCUGAUACCUGGGGUGUAAAGAUGACUAUGGACCCAGCGGAGCCCAACAUCGCGGGCAACGAAGAAACGUGGACUCAUCGUAUGGUUUAUAUCUGUGCCAAAGUCGCAAAUUUCCGGUCCUCUGUAUCUCAUUCUCAGGCCUCGAAUAGUUCGCCAAAUAACUUCCAGGAGGAGUGGAAUACAUACAACGAUUGGUGUGAUCAGUGGGCGAAAGCUGCACCACGAUCCAUGAUGCCUGUCGGCUAUCUUCAUCCGUGGCAAACCAGGUCCAAAUCACAAUUUCCUGAGAUCUGGUUGAUCAAGCGAUCCGCUAUAGUCGCUCGAUUAUUUUACCAUGUGUCACGGUUGAUGCUCGCCAGACUUCGUCUCUCGCAAUCUGACUUCAGCCCUGAAAUGGAGCACAUGCAGCAGCUUCAUGCGCAUGAUAUCUGUGGCAUUGUGGCGCACGUCAAAGAUCGUGGCCUUGCUGGCUUGUCCAUCCAGUUUCUAGCUGUUGCGGCGGAGUGUUUGGUGACAAAGGAGGCACAAGAAGAAGUGAUCAAGAUACUGGACAGGAUCGUCGAGGAGACCGGCCGGCGCGCUGAUCAUAUCCGGAAUGACCUCCAGCAAGCUUGGGGUUGGCAAAUUCCUCAUCAGCAAGAAGUUUCAUCUGUUUCCACCGAGACCAUCUCACUAGUUGAUGGUCACAACCCUUUGCAUGCACCCGAUACGGCCGACUUACGAUGUCCACCCGGUGCCAUCAAUCCGAUUAUGGCUUAUGCCGAUUUCUCAAUGGAAAAUCACCCUUACCAGGAAUACUAUGUUGCGCCUCAUCAUCCUAUACAUGAUUUCUCGUACGAUCUGUUCUGAUUUAGAUACGUCGAUUGACCGGACGGAGUUUUGGUUUUUCUUUCUGGAGGUUUAUCUCGAUUCAGGCACUGGGCGUUUCUCACGUUGAUACCACAAGGAUUUCUCCACGAUUUCUGACUUUGAUGUGCUUUUCUCCGUGCUGGUACAAUUAAUGGUCUUCUCAAGAUGUGGUCGAUGUCAUGAUGUAUAUAUUUUGCUUGUUGUACAACUAGCGUUCUGGAGGUGUAUAUUUGCGGCUUCAUGUUCUUCAAUAUGCCCUGUAUAGACGAGAUAAACAAAAUGCUUUCCUAAC